AUGUCGGAUAUAGAUAUACACAAGUCCACGCCCGCCGUCAUUGAAUGGAAAUCGGGCGGUGCGUCGCGUUCUUUAAUCGAGCCAGACCCCAAGUUUGGCAAUAUAACCUUUACGACGAGUUUCGAUGCGACGUGCUCGUUCUUCGAAUUGAGCAUACCGAUCAAGAUCAAACACACGCGACUAAAGGACGACAAGGACGGCAAUAACAGCACCUCAGCAUUAAUUCUACGUAUCCACGGUACUGCAGUCAAUACCCUGUCUUUCGCAUCCACCACAACAGCUCCCGACGCUAUACAAAAGAAGCUCACAUCUCGUGCAUCGCGCCUCACGCGCUUGGACUUUCGACUGGACCAAAACCUUGAUGUCCUCGUCCCCAAGAAUGCCGAAGUGCCCCUUGUCCCAACUCGCGGUCAAUCGGGAAACGUCCUCGAUGCGAUCCGCCAACUCUCCAAUACAACCUCCCUGUCCGUUUACAUUCAGGGCGCUGUGCUGUCAACUGAAGCAUUGCAAUCAGUCAGCAACGCAUGCAGCCAGGGCCUUGACAAGACAGGUGACAGCGACCAGCAUGACUUGGAAAGCCUGUAUGGUGGUAAGGGGGCCAAGGUUGUUCGUCUAUCAGCUGAGACUGGACAACUACCUCCAUCUUAUAAUGAGAUCACGUCCCCGCCGACGAAAUCUCUCAGCCCUCCUAGCUAUCAGCGAAAGCGACGUCGUCAGGAUUCUGAGCCUGAGCGCGGUGAUACCAGGGCUGAGCCACAGCCUCUUCUCGGAGAAAAGGGAAAGCAGAUGCUCAUACAAAUACAAGACCAAUUAAAGAGACUAGAAAGUGAGAAUCGGCGUCUAAGAGAAGAAACAAACGAGCGCAUCAAGGGGCUGGAAAGCGAGAACCAACGUCAGAGAGAGACUAUCGACAAGCUACUUGCGCUUGUCGAGAAUCGGAGCGAUGACGUUGACCACAUCGGAGAACAGACCGCAGAGAAUGCUGCGGAUCUGGUGACCGUCGAUGAUGAAUUGACGCAUAUUCGGCAUGACGUCGACGAGUUGAAAGCCAAAGCCGAUUCUAUUGAUAGGGGUGACCUGGUAGAGACAGUUACGAGCGAUGUUCUCGAAUACUUCAGGAUACGCCUCUGGGGGAACGACUGA